AUAUGGACUUCAAUUUAACAUUACGACUAGUAAUUUGCACCUUCUCUUGUGUAUUCUACUCGCUGGUGAUAUAGCAACUAAUCCUGGACCUGUCUGCAAUUCUUCAUCUCUUGGAUUAAAAGUUCUGUAUUUUAAUGCUAGAAGUCUAAAAGCACUUGUUCAUCCAACUGGGGACAACUCGGUAAAAAUUUGUAAAAUCUCGUUGCUGCAACAAUUGACAUAUAGCGGUAAUUACGACGUUGUAUGUGUAUGCGAGACUUGGUUAAACAAUUCAAUCUUAAGCAGUGAAAUCUUGACUAAUUAUGGAUCUGUCUUUCGUUGUGACAGAGUUGGCAGAAUUGGUGGUGGUGUUCUUGUUGCUGUGAAGACUGGUAUACAAGUUACCCGUCGACAUGACCUGGAACCUGAAAACACCGAAAUUGUCGUUAUUGAAAUGUUGAAAUCAAACAGCAAACCAGUUGUACUUUAUACGUUCUACCGUCCUCCAAACUCUACGCCUGAUGUUCUUCAGUCAUUAAAUAACUCCCUUCAAAGAAAUUCGGAAUCCAGCCGUGUUGUAGUGAUAGGAGACUUUAAUCUACCAUCUGUUAAAUGGUCCCCUGAUCAACAUACCCCCAUUAACAUCGGAAGUUCUCCUGAGAAUGAAGCUUUUUGCGAAAUAGUCGAAGACAACUUCCUACAACAAUUCAUACUUAGCCCUACACACAUCGCUGGCAAUAUACUCGACCUGCUGUUAUGUAACACUCCCAACAUUAUUGGUGACGUUUCCCUAUCUCAUCCUGAGUCUUGUGGUUUUCCUACAGAUCAUGACAUCGUAGAACUUGAAAUUCAUCUUAAGUUCAAAAGAGCCACGCCAGUUAAGCGCCAG